UACUCGACGGGUUGCGGGUCGCCUUUAGGCUAUUUUAAUUGAAAGCCCAAUAAAAGACCUUCUUUUCCUCACUAAAACCUUUUCUUCCUUCCAUCCGUCUUAACCAGCAAUGUCUCAAGCCAUUCAUCUUCUUCCUCGGAACCCUACAGAUAGCAGAUGCCUACCGUGCUCUGGAGUUUCGGGACGAGCAGCCUCAUUCUCUUUUCGCUCUUUAUGUGCUGAACAUGGAAUCAAUGUACCAGUAAAAUUUAGACCGCUAAACUGUACUUCGUUGGGGGUGUCUUUUACGUGCAAAGCCAGCUCAGGUCAUAGGAGAAACCCAGAUUUCCCAAAGCAAAAUAGGCAAGGCUACUCAAGAAGCAGAAAUAGGCAAAAUGAGGAGAGAGAGAGUCUUGAAAAUGUUGAUGAAUCUGAUUUAUUAUCGUCUAGAAAUGGACCAUUACUUUCCAUCUCUAGCACCCCAAAAUCUCAGGCCACUGCUACACCAGGCCCAAGGGAAAAGGAAAUCGUUGAACUUUUCAGAAAGGUUCAAGCUCAGCUUCGGGAACGAGCUGCAAUGAAAGAAGAGAAGAAAAUGGAAGCUCAAGGACAAACGAAAGGGAGCGAGACAGUAGAUUCUCUUCUUAAGCUAUUGCGAAAGCAUGCGGUGGAACAAGGGAAGAGAAGCAGUGGUGCGGGUGGUAGCAACAAGGACAUCAGUUUUAACCAUGUCAAAGAGAAUGGUCCUUAUGAUGAAGGAAGAGGCUCAAGCAUUUUUGGCCUAAGUCCCAAUUUGAGAGAGAAGGCCCAAGAACCUGCAGGUUCUUUCAGUAGACCUGCAUCAAAUUUUCAACGUAGAUCCCCCGUUCCUCGGGUGAAGUAUCAACCAAUUUACCCUGGGGAAAGUAUUGUUGACUCGACCAAUGGUAUGAAUUCAAAAGGUAUGAAACUUAAUGGAACAGAAACAGGUUCUCAACUGAAAGCAAAGGUAUGGACUAGGCAGGAGUCGGAACGAGAGCACUGGGAAGAGCUGCAAUCACAAAGAGAGACAGAACAGGAGCCAGAGGUGGACCAAGAGUUUGAAAUGGAACCAGAGGCUGAAACAUAUGACCUAGAGCAUGAAGCUGAUGAAAUGGAGCCUGAACUUGUUAAUUUGUUAGGUGUGUCAUCAGACAUCGAUGACACGUUUGAGGAUGAUAUUAAAGACAAUGAGGAAUUUUCAAAGCAUGGUGAACAUGAGAACUUAAACUCAUUGAAACUUGCUGAACUAAGAGCAAUUGCUAAAUCUCGUAGUUUGAGAGGGUUUUCAAAGAUGAAGAAGAGCGAGCUCGUGCAAUUGUUAAGCAACGGUCAUUGAGGAUGUCAUGCUGGACAGGAACCUCUGGAUUUAGGAUGUUUAGGUGUCUUUUCUUUACUUAUUUUUUUUUAAAUUUUCUUGUGCUUAUCAAUCUGUUUGACUAGUUUUGAGUUAGAAAUUGGUAUUAGCUUUACAAACUCUUUCUCAGAUUGUAUAUUAGGCUAAUUUUCUCAGGUUCAGAGUACAUGUCUACAUGUCAAACUUAAGUCUUUUCUCUUCUAUUUAAAUUCUUGUUCAUUUA